AAACGUCCCCCGCUGUUUGUUUUGACAGUUUCAGGCUCUCUGGUGGUUUCACGAUGAAUGAAGAAGAGCUGGUGGAGUAUUUCAGGGCUCAGAUGAGGAAAGACCCGGACAUGGCGUCUGCUGUGGCGGCUAUCCGGACCCUGCUGGAGUUCCUCAAGAGAGACAAAGGUGAGACGAUCCUGGGCCUGAGGGAGAGCCUGACGGGGGCCACAGACUGCCUGACGGGAGUCGACUCCUCGGUGGCCGUGUCCUCGGGAGGAGAGCUCUUCCUGCGCUUCAUAAGUCUCACAUCUCUGGAGCACCAGGAUCUGUCUCGCUGUAAGAAGGUGAGGGAGGAGAGAGGAGAACUGUUUCUGGAGAAAAUCUCGAUGUCCCGGAGCAAAGUUGCUAAACUCUGUCACACCUUCAUCAAAGACGGCGCUAAAAUCCUGACUCACUCGUACUCCCGAGUCGUCCUCCGGGUUCUGGAAAAAGCCGUAGAGGAGAAGAAGCGCUUCUCUGUCUACGUGACCGAAUCGCAGCCUGACUCAGCCGGGCGACAGAUGGCAGACGCUCUGAGGAAGCUGAACGUCCCUGUGACCGUAGUGCUGGAUGCAGCUGUGGGGUACGUUUUGGAGAAAGUAGACCUUGUUAUUGUUGGUGCAGAGGGGGUCGUUGAGAGCGGAGGGAUCAUCAACAAGAUCGGCACUUAUCAGAUGGCCGUGUGCUCCAAAGCUCACAACAAGCCUUUCUACGUCGUGGCAGAGAGUUUCAAAUUUGUCCGUCUCUAUCCGCUCAACCAGCAGGACGUGCCUGAUAAAUUUAAGUACAAAGCCGACACCCUGAAGACGGUACAGAACCUGUCGGAGGAGCAUCCGAUGAUCGACUACACGCCUCCGUCCCUCAUCACCCUCCUCUUCACCGACCUGGGAGUCCUCACCCCGUCUGCCGUCAGCGACGAACUCAUCAAGCUUUAUUUAUAACUCAAUAAAAACCCUUUUCUCCAAAGGUAAA